AUGCCAUUCUUCUCUCGCAAACGCCAGUCGGACAACACAGCGGCCACGCCUGCGCCCGAACUAACCAAAGAGCAAAUCAAGCUCGCAACCCGCAGGCGCAAAAGAUGGGCGCUGGCAACCUCCUUUUUCCUCUUCCUCACCUUCAUCUUUCUGAUCCUUGUCAACAUCGCCGGCGUGCGCAACAAGCCCGUGAUCAGAAACUGGUACUUUCUUCGCCUCGACCUGAGUAAAAUCGUACCUGCUAGCGUCCCCAAUUUCGCCCUCAUCAACACUAUCGCCCAAACGCUGGGUCUUCAUGAUUUCUACCAGGUCGGGUUAUGGGGCUUCUGCUCGGGGUACAAGGGCCAGGGCGUAACCUCUUGCAGCAAGCCCACGACGCUGUAUUGGUUCAACCCCGUCGAGAUUCUGCGUAACGAGCUGCUUGCGGGAGCGUCGAUCAAUCUUCCUGCAAACAUCAACGACAUCUUGGACCUGAUCCACCUCGUCUCCAACUGGAUGUUUGGUCUCUUCCUUACCGCUACUGUUCUGUCUUUCGUCCUCAUCUUCGUCAUGCCCAUCUCCGUCUACACACGCUGGCUCACCCUCCCUGUCGCCAUUCUCGCCUUCCUCAACGCCCUCUUCGUCACCGUCGCGUCCGUCAUCGCUACCGUCAUGUUUGUCAUCUUUCACAACACUAUCACUGGCGUGUCAGAGCUCAACAUUGGGGCGCAGAUUGGGACAACGCUAUUUGCCUUCAUGUGGGUGGCCAGCGCCUUUGCCAUUUUCGCAUGGCUUGUGCAGACGGGGCUUUGCUGCUGUUGUGCGUCGCGACGAGACGUCAAGAACGGCAGGAAGAGAGGUAACGAAGAAGCAUACCAGAUGGACGCUGUCCCGGUAACCGAAAAAGCACCAAAGAAGAAAUAUGAGUUCUGGAAGCGUGGAUAG